AUGGGAGUAUUGAUGCUUCAAUCUGGCAAGAGCGAUGAAUAUUCGGCUGAAUCAUGGAAAGUCCUAGGUAUUUUAAAAGUAGACCUUGUUAGAUAACAGCUACAAAAUGCUCAUAGAUUCCCCUUUUCUGUUCUAUGUGCAGCGACAUCCUCGAGGAUAUCUGAAAUCAGAUUCUUUCAGAAUGUCUUAUUUUGGAUCGAGUUAGUGUUCAGCUUCUUUGUCAGGUUCUGUUUUAGUAGAUGUAAGACAUAUUUAAAAAAGGCAUCUACAUGGUACUGA